CCUAUAAGACAGAUGAUACGUUGCCGGGGGACCUCUCGGUUCGCUGCCGCCCGCCCGUGCGUACCGUGCGCGCAGUAUACGUCCGUGUGUAACCGCGGCGUGUUGGAGCGACGCGGAGCAGUACGACGAGCAGGAGCUCGGCCCCGCCCGCCCAGCACUCCUGUAAUAAGUGCCCAAUCGUGAAGACUACCAUCAUCCGCGCACGACUCACAAAAGGCUCAUCCUCCUCCUCAUUCGUCUUCUGGUUGUGCGGCUAGACACACGGCAUUUUGCGGGUGACCCCGCCGCCGCCGCCACCAUGGUGCACAGCCCGCUCAUCGACAAGCUCAAGAGCUUCUACGAGCCCUACGUCCUGUUCAUCGUGUCCGUGGGAUACGUCGUCGGGGAGCUCGGUCACUACCUCAUCGGUGUGACUACCAAGUACACGGCGCGCGACCUGGAGUACGGCGACAUCGGCUGCCUCUUCAACAGCACCACGCUCGGCGUCACCGACAUCCCCGCCGAGUGCUACACCGCCAACAGCUCGGACAGCUGCCAGGCGCUCGCCGUCAACGGCUCCACGUACUGCGAGUGGGACCGCAAUGGCCUCGGCAUCGACUACCAGGUCAUCGCCGGCCCCGCCUUCAUCCUGGUCUUCACCUUCAUGGGCGUCAUCCUGGGCAUCGCCGCCGACCGCUUCAACCGGGCGCGGAUCCUCUCGGUGUGCUCCAUCAUCUUCUCCGUCGCCAUCAUCCUCACCGGUGCCGUCAAGGAGUACUGGCACCUCGUGCUGCUGAGAAUCCUGCUGGCGGCCGGGGAGUCGGCGUGCAACCCCAUGGCAACUGGAAUCCUAUCCGACAUCUUUCCUGAGGAGAAGCGUGGACUCGUCAUGGCCAUCUUCAACUGGGGCAUCUACGGCGGCUACGGCAUCGCCUUCCCCGUCGGCCGCUACGUCACCGAGAUGAACGCGUGGGGGCUGGGCUGGCGGGUGCCGUACUACGGCGCGGGCGUGGUGUCUCUCAUCAUCGCCGUGCUCAUGACGGUGUCGCUGCGCGAGCCCGAGCGCAAGGCCAUCGGCGAGGAGAGCACCAAGCAGGCCGGCGAGCCCGAGGUGCCGACGUGGAAGGUGCUGCUGCAGCCCAGGAUCGUCCUGCUGUGCAUCGCCGCCUCCAUCCGCCACUGCGGUGGCAUGACCUUCGCCUAUAACUGUGACCUCUACUACCGCGAAUACUUCCCGGACUACGACCUAGGCUGGUGGCUGUUCGCCGUCACGAUCGUCAUCGGCAGCAUCGGCGUCGUGGUGGGCGGCGUCGUCUCGGACAAGAUCGUCGCCAAGAUGGGCGUGCGCUCCAGAGUGGCGUGCCUGGCCAUCAGCCAGCUUAUUUCCACGCCGUUCGCGUUCUGCAGCGUGUACCUGUCGCCUGUGGGGGCCAUGGUGACCCUGGGCAUCUCCUACUUCUUCGCCGAGAUGUGGUUCGGCAUCGUGUUCGCCAUCCUGGUGGAGAUAACGCCGCUGGCAUGCCGCUCCACCGCCGUCGGCGUCUUCCUCUUCGUGAUGAACAACGUGGGCGGCAACCUGCCCAUCCUGGUGGAGCCCGUGUCCAAGGCCAUCGGCUACCGGGAGUCGCUGUACAUCUUCUACGCCGGCUUCUACCUCCUGAGCUCCGUGCUCUUCUUCUUCACCAUGUUCCUGAUGGACGGCCCUAAGCGCGCGCCCCGGGACACGGGCCACGACAACCCGGCCGCCACCCUGGAGAUGGUGGCCAACGGACACGGCGCGCGCACCCUCCGGGUGUGACGGGCGCCCUCCUGCCGCGCGGUCAACCCGGGAAAAAUGGAGCGAAUUUCUCACGCGGUGUGCGUUGUGCGGGGGGGCGUCCGCAGCGGCGUCCAUCCGGCCGCUGAGCUGCGGAGGCUGAGCCUUCUCCUCGGCCAGCAGCGCGCACCACACACCCCACACACACGCGGGAUGUGGAGGAAUGUUAUCGACUUUGUCAGAGGGGGGAAGAUGGGAAAGGGAAGACAAGAGAAAUAUUCUCACUAGCCUUUGAACGUCUCCGCCCCGGACCGGCGGUGGGUGGGGGGUUCUCAGCCUGCCAGACUGACGGCCGCUAUACUGGCCAUUACCAUGCCGCGUGCCCAAGCGCCGCGGGACCAGCUGCCAAAGUUCCUGUAUAGUAAUAAUAGAUGGUCUCUUUCUCUCUGAUCACAUUGCCCGUCUCCAGCCCCUCCUCCC